UUUAUAGUUGUAGUUGUAGUUGCUCCAUUAAUUACAAGAAAAAGAUUUAUAGUUGUAGUUGCUCCAUUAAAAUCAGAUUCAAACCGCUUCUCUCUCUCUCAUCGGCCUGCAGCUUUGGAGUUUGGCGUCGGACAACAUUCUCUUCUCCUUUAUCGAGGGAAAUGCUACCACCUUUAGCUUAAUAACUGGCAUGUCCUUUCUAGGUGGCAGACUUCAGAAGCACCAGCACAGACUACUCCGCUUAGAUCCAAUAUUCUAACGAUUCUUUGGAUAUCUGUUGAAGAGUCUGGCUUAGACAAGCUGGUCGAGUUAGUACUGGGCUAACGAUUCAUGCUUUGUAUUAUGGGAACAAAAGACAUAAACAGCUGGUUUAAUCUUGCAGUUUGUGAUAUCCUUCUUGAUGACGUUGCUGCAAGGCAGCCUUCUCACUGAUGUCCUAGCUCAGAAAUAUUGAUCUGAAGUGUUCUGUGAAAGAUGAAGACGUGGCCUGGAGGUCUUGUUCUAGUGUUCCUAUUCACAUUGCUGCUCUUUAGAUAUGUGAUAAUAGAGAGUCCCUUAGCGGAAAGGGCUUUUCAAAAUCCUUUUUCUCAUAAUGCUUCUAUUCCUCUUCAGUUGGUGAAUGUUGGAGAUCCACCAGUUCAAGCACCAAAGAAUGAGUCUUUUGUAGUCUCAUCUGAUUCCUUGGUCUCCAGUCUUCUUACCUAUAAAAAUCUAUCUGAUAGAGAACUACAAUCUAUGCAGACAUGGAAUCAUUUAGCCCAGUUAAUCGGUCAUGCUCAAGGUUUACCUCAUGCACUUGAGGCUAUCAAGGAAGCCGCAGCUCUAUGGCAAAAACUUAUGGUAUCAGUGGAAGAUGAGAAACAUAUUUCUGCUGGAAAUGGAAGUGCAAGACAAAAAGCAAAAGAGAAACAGUGCCCAUAUUCGAUUAGAAGAAUGAAUGCUUCAGAAUUUAGUGAUAGUGGCUUCAGGCUUAAACUUCCUUGUGGAUUGGUCCAGGGUUCUUCAAUCACUUUUAUUGGAACUCCCGGAGGAAUCAUGGGUAAUUUUCGGAUUGAUUUAGCAGGAACAACUGUUCCGGGGGAGCCUGAUCCUCCUAUCAUCUUGCACUACAAUGUGCGACUUCAUGGUGAUAAGCUUACUGAUGAUCCAGUGAUUGUCCAAAAUACAUGGACUAUAGCUAGCGAUUGGGGAUCUGAGGAACGGUGUCCUGCUCCAGAUCCCGAUCAUAGUAAACAAGCUCCAGUGGAUGAUUUAGAGGAAUGCAGCUCUUUGGUGGGUAAAGGUGAUAGAAAAAUAAUUGCAAAUAUCAGACAUUCUAACAUGUCCAGUUGGACUCCUUUAGCAAAAGAGGGCCCUAAACCAAGACAUUAUUUUCCCUUUAAGCAAGGAUAUCUUGCUGUUGCCACUCUUCGAGUGGGAGUGGAGGGGAUCCAGAUGACAGUUGAUGGAAAGCAUAUAACUUCAUUUGCUUAUCGUGAAAGUUUGGAGCCGUGGCUAGUCAGUGAAGCAAGGUUUUCUGGAGACAUUAAACUGAUAUCUGUUUUAGCAAGUGGCUUACCUACAUCUGAGGCACUGGAGCAUGUCAUUGAUUUAGAAGUUCUCAAGUCACCCCCUAUUCCCGUUCAUAGUUCUGUUGAUCUUUUCAUUGGGGUCUUCUCAACUGCAAAUAAUUUUAAGCGUAGAAUGGCUGUUCGGAGAACUUGGAUGCAAUUUGAUAUUGUGAAGUCUAGAAAAGUUGCAGUGCGGUUUUUUGUUGGCCUGCAUAAGAACCACUUGGUGAAUGAAGAGCUUUGGGAUGAGGCACGAACCUAUGGCGAUGUCCAGCUGAUGCCAAUUGUUGAUUAUUAUAGUCUGAUUACAUGGAAGACUCUUGCCAUUUGCAUUUAUGGGACAAAUGUAAUAUCAGCUAAAUAUGUCAUGAAGACAGAUGAUGAUGCGUUUGUCCGUGUGGAUGAAGUACUUUCGUCUUUAAAGAGAGUAAAUGUCACACAUGGGCUCUUGUAUGGUAGGAUCAAUCACAAUGACCAACCUCACCGCAACCCUGACAGUAAAUGGUAUACAAGUCCAGAGGAAUGGCCUGAUGAAGUUUAUCCUCCUUGGGCGCAUGGUCCGGGAUAUGUAGUCUCAGGAGAUAUAGCCAAAUCUGUCUACAAGCAGCACAAAAAUGGUCAAUUGAAGAUGUUCAAGUUGGAGGAUGUUGCAAUGGGCAUAUGGAUAGCCAACUUGAAGAAGAAAGGCAUGGAUGUUAAAUAUGUGGAGGAUGGUAGGAUUAAUAUAGAUGGAUGUGAAAAUGGGUAUGUGGUUGCACAUUACCAAGCCCCCAGAGAGAUGCUAUGUUUGUGGGGUAAGUUCCAGGAGACAAAACGAUCAAUAUGCUGUGGAGAAUGAACAUAGUGGCGGUAAAAGCGUUUUUUCCCCUCGAGAUGUUGAGUUCUCAUAACAUUAUUACAUCCAAAUGUCGGAAAGGAUUCACAGGCUUCUGUGAAUUAGAAAGUUAGAGGUUUUGAUUGCUAACAGUUAUUGGCUUUAGGAGGAAUAUGACACGAUGACAGAUGAUUCUUUAUUCGUGGAUGUAUAACUAGGGCUUUAACAUAGUUGCUUAGUUUGUUACUUUUUUCUGUAGGAAGAUAUGUUCAAUUGUAGCACUUGUAGGAAAGGCCUUUUGUAUCAUGAGUGAGAUGUACAGAGGCUUAGCAUGGUGUUGACUGUGAGAGGGUCUACUCGUCCUGUAAAGUUUGUUAUACUGAAUACAUGGUAUUAAUUUUAACAAUUCCUUUUCAUUUA